GCACUGAUGGGUGACAUUGAAAGGCAGCUCAGAUGGGCACUGAUAUGUGGAAUUGAUGUGCACUGGUAUGCACUGAUAUGUGGCAUUGAUGUGGCACUGAUGGACAUUGGCACGUGGCACUGAUGAGCACUGACUGCUGGCACUGAUGGACACUGACAGGUGGCACUUCUGGGGCCACACUGAUCAUCAGGGCACACUGAUCAUCAGUGCCCUGCGGCUCUCCUCUCGAGCUGUCAGUGUGCCGAUAACCAGCAUUUCCAUGUUUACAUGUGAUCAGCUGUGAUUGG